CUCUGGGGAACUGCUCUCAAUGAAGAAAGGGGAGGAGUGGGGAGGGGGGUCGAGGAGGUCUGUACUUCCAGAACCCCCUUCCCACUACCCACCGAGUCCUCGCUUAGCUGAAAAGCCGCGAGGUUUCAGCUUCGAGAUCGCGUGGAGACGAUAAAUCUCGCGAGAAAUGUGAUUGCGCCUCAACUUGCGAAGGGGCGGUUAGGCGGAAGAGGGUCCCUGUUCGUCAGAGGUCUGACUUUAUGUUUGCUUCUUCGGCCUUCACCGUGGAUGGCCGGCUUUUCUUUUGUGCGUGAACCGCUACUUGAGAAAUGGUCGCUUUCCCCUAGUCUAGACACGCUUUAAACAUCAGUAAUAAAAGUGCAAGCAUUGGAAUAAGACUUUCGCAAAACAACAUUGUGGAGCAUGGAUUCUCUAUCAGAAGAAUUUUUUACAAGUAGGGAUCCAACUGUGGAGGAGCAGACUAAGGAAGAAAUCAAGAAUAAGGUAGAAAAAUCUACUGACCAACUGGUAAGAGAAGAAUUGCAGCUUAAGAUGCCUUGCCCUGGUGUUGGAAUUAAGUCAGCAUUCUUACAGUUAAAGAAAUUUUUGACCAAAUUAUUUCCACAGAGAGAAGUUGCAGCUAACAGCCAGAAUGGGGAGGAAAUUGUUCCUGUUCUGACUUUACGUUUCUUGAUAACACAACUGGAAGCAGCGCUUAGGAACAUUCAGGCCACUAAUUAUACUGCACAUCAGAUUAAUAUUGGUUAUUAUUUGACAUUACUGUUUUUGUAUGGAGUAGCACUUACUGAAAGAGGAAAGAAAGAGGAUUACACAGAAGCAGAGAAUAAAUUUCUAGUGAUGAAGAUGGUGAUCCAAGAGAAUGAAAUUUGUGAGAACUUUAUGUCUUUAGUUUAUUUUGGACGUGGUUUGCUUCGUUGUGCUCAGAAGAGAUAUAAUGGAGGACUGCUAGAAUUUCAUAAAAGCUUACAAGAAAUAGGAGAUACAAAUGAUCAUUGGUUUGACAUAGAUCCUACAGAAGAUGAAGAUUUACCUACAACUUUUAAAGAUCUUCUUAAUGAUUUUAUCAAGACAACAGAAAAUAAUAUAAUGAAGCAGACUAUUUGCAGUUAUCUAGAUUGUGAACGAUCUUGUGAAGCUGACAUUUUAAAGAACACCAAUUACAAGGGAUUUUUUCAAUUAAUGUGCAGUAAAAGCUGCUGUGUUUAUUUCCAUAAAAUUUGUUGGAAAAAGUUCAAGAAUUUAAAAUAUCCAGGUGAAAACGAUCAGACCUUUAGUGGGAAAAAAUGUUUGAAGGAAGGAUGUACAGGUGACAUGGUAAGGAUGCUACAAUGUGAUGUACCUGGAAUUGUUAAAAUUUUGUUUGAAGUUGUGAGAAAGGAUGAAUAUAUAACCAUUGAAAAUUUAGGAGCAAGUUAUAAAAAGUUAAUGUCUCUGGAAAUCACUGAUACUGAUAUAAGACCGAAGAUCAGUUUAAAAUUUAGUACAAAAGAUGAAAUGCCUAUCUUCAAACUUGAUUAUAAUUAUUUCUAUCACCUGCUUCAUAUAAUUAUCAUUUCUGGUACUGACAUUGUCCGGCAAAUAUUUGAUGAGGCUAUGCCACCCCCUCUUUUGAAAAAAGAGCUUCUUAUACACAAGAAUGUGCUGGAACCCUACUACAACCAUCUUUGGACCAAUCACCCUUUGGGUGGAGCAUGGCAUCUGCUUUAUCCCCCAAACAAGGAGCUACCACAGUCCAAACAGUUUGACUUGUACCUCCUCUUAGCUCUCAUAAAACAUUUGAAUGUAUUCCCUGCACCCAAAAAAGGCUGGAAUAUGGAACCACCAUCUUCUGAUCUCUCUAAGUCUGCAGACAUCUUGAGGCUGUGCAAAUACAGGGAUAUCCUCCUUAGUGAGAUUUUGAUGAAUGGUCUCACUGAGUCACAAUUCAAUUCAAUUUGGAAAAAAGUUUCAGAUAUUCUUCUGCGCCUUGGGAUGAAGCAAGAGGAUAUUGAGAAAGUGAAGGAGAAUCCCAUUGAGAAUAUCUCCCUUGAUUACCAUCAACUGUCCAUCUACCUAGGCAUACCAGUACCAGAAAUCAUCCAGAGGAUGUUAUCCUGCUAUCAACAAGGAAUUGCUCUACAGUCAAUAACGGGCAGUCAACGUAUUGAAAUAGAAGAGUUACAGAAUGAGGAAGAAGAACUAAGUCCACCCCUCAUGGAGUACAAUAUAAAUGUGAAAUCAAACCCUGAAAUACAGUUAGCAGAAAUGAAUAAAGAUGGAGCAUCGAUACCCAGUGAAUCUUCAACAGAAUCUAUUAAAGAUCUCCAGGAAGUUAAGAGUAAACCAAAGAAAAAGAAAAAGACUAAGAAUAAAAAGCACCACUGUAGCCCAACUAUGAUAGGAAAGGAAGAGCAGUUGAAGAAAGAGCAAGCAAAUCAACACCCAGUCAGUGGAUUUAUGAAAGAUGAUGCAAGUGAUAUUCAAGAGGAUUCUGCAACUGAAGACAAGUUCUAUAGCCUGGAUGAAUUGCAUAUUCUGGACAUGAUAGAACAGGGCUCAACCAGUAAAGUAACUGCAGAAUAUGGAGAAACUGAGAAGGAAAAGCUUGCUCGGCAGCGGCAGCUUUAUAAAUUGCACUAUCAAUGUGAAGAUUUCAAAAGACAGUUGAAAACAGUGACUUUUCGGUGGCAAGAAAACCAAAUGCAGAUUAAGAAGAAAGACAAAAUCAUUGCAUCUCUGAACCAACAAGUGGCUUUUGGAAUCAAUAAGGUUUCCAAAUUACAGCGUCAGAGCCAUGCUAAAGAUAAUGAAAUCAAGAAUCUUAAAGAGCAACUUUCCAUGAAAAGAUCUCAGUGGGAAAUGGAGAAGCAUAAUCUGGAAAGCACAAUUAAAACAUACUUAAACAAACUGAAUGCAGAAACUAGCAGAGCUUUAACAGCUGAGGUGUAUUUCUUACAGUGUCGUAGAGAUUUUGGUUUGCUUCAUCUAGAGCAGACUGAAAAGGAAUGCCUCAGUCAGCUUGCCAGGGUGACUCACAUGGCGGCAAGCAAUCUGGAAUCACUUCAAUUAAAGGCUGCAGUAGAGAGUUGGAAUGCCAUCGUAACAGAUGUUAGAAACAAGAUUGCGUUUCUCAGGACACAGUACAAUGAACAAAUUAACAAGGUGAAGCAAGGGUUUGCCUUGAGUACCCUGCCUCCAAUCCAACUUCCUCCGCCACCACCUAGUCCUGAGAUACUGAUGCAGCAGUUCUUGGGAAGACCCCUUGUGAAAGAAUCUUUCUUUAGACCCAUACUCACUGUUCCUCAGAUGCCUGCUGUUUGCCCUGGAGUCAUCUCUGCGCCUGGCCAGCCUAGAGCCCCCCUGAUGACUGGUAUAGCCUGGACUGUGCCAGCACCUGUGGGAGAGGCUGUGUCUCCCAGUGCAAGUCUGGGAGGUGAUCCCCCCAUGAUGAAUUGGGAGAGGAUUACAGACAGGCUGAAAACUGCUUUUCCACAACAAACCAGGAAGGAGCUUACGGAUUUCUUACGGAAAUUGAAGGACAUUCAUGGGAAGUCCUUAUCUGGACUGACAUUUGAUGAAAUUGUGUACAAAAUUUCCCAAUUUAUUGACCCCAAGAGAUCACAGAGCCAAGGAAAAUCUGUACCAAAUGGUAACUGUGUUUCACCCAGCCACACUCCUCCACAGUCUAAUACUGCCCAACCCCCAAAACCAGCCUGGAGGCCCCUCAGUUCACAAGGGCCUGCCUCAUGGGAAGGAGCCAAUAAUUUGGAUGAUGAGGAGGAGGAAGAAGAGCCUUGUGUGAUCUGUCAUGAGAAUCUCUCUCCAGAAAACCUCUCUGUUUUGCCUUGUGCUCACAAAUUCCAUUCUCAGUGCAUUAGACCUUGGCUGAUGCAACAGGGGACAUGCCCAACCUGCAGACUCCAUGUUUUGUUACCAGAAGAAUUUCCAGGUCACCCCAGCCGGCACUUGCCCAAGAUCUGAUCCAAGGGAGUGAUUUGCAAAGGAAAUUCAGUUAUCAGGUUCCAGAAUUUAGUUUUGCCUUUUAUUAUGAGCUGAUAGUGUGAGUGGCGUAAGCAGUGUGCUCUUUAGUAUUGUACAAAAGAAGCUAGCUAAUCUCAUCAAAGCUGUAGCCAAAGAGGAUAGGACAAAUCUUCAGGACUUAGAGCUGAACUGAAAGGGCUUAAAUUUUAAAAGUUACAUUAUAUUUGCCCCUAUCUUAGUAAGCAUUUUCUUCCAGUGUAAACAUCAUUAUUAGCACAUCUCUUAGGAUGUUUUUGUCUUUUUCCUUCUUAUUCCACUUAUCCUUUACUGUCACCCAAUAUAGGCUACAUUUUAAUUUCCUGAAAUCAAUGUAAGAGGAAAAGCAGAAUAGCAAACAAGUAGGAAAAUUCCAGGUUUUAUUUUUCCUUUUAACUUUUAAAACUGCUUACAAAAUACAUAAUUGAAAUACUUAAAUUUUAUCCCUAUCUUCCCCAUUCUUCUCUGGCCUCUAAAUAUGUGCCCAUGAAGAGAUUAUGAGUGACUUGAGGGUGUGGACCAUACAGUGGUGUGUUGGAGCUUAGCUAAUAAUAGUUUGUGAGAAGUGACUGUUGAAGUUUCAGGAAUUUUGUGAGCCAGUGAUCAAAUUGUUCAUAGCUUGAAAUCUGCAUAGUGGGAGUAUUUACACCAUAGAAAUUUGUAAAUGUUAUAAGUCAGGGCUUCUCUUCCCAAGAACUUGUUGUUAAACAUUUACCAGUACACCACUGGGACCAUGUCUGAUCCUCCUAUGUUUCUCCAUGCCUUGCACAGUAGGUGUAGCAUAAAUAUUCCCAGAAUCAGAAAUCAGGAAAUAGAAAUGAGUUAAUGUGUAAAUUAAGUCACUUGCUCAGUUGAAUAAUUGAGAUCUUAUGUUCAUUUGUUAACAUUGUCAUUGGACCUUACACUUGAAGGAUUUGUUUUCUGCCUUAAAAGUUUCUUAAUUUCACUUUGUCAUGCUGCAGGGUGUGGGGGACUGUACGUAGAUGCUUCUUAUGACAAAGUUAAUAUUCACUGGGCUAAGCUGCCAUCUAAAGCUUGUCAGUAGGAACUUUCUUAGAGGUCAAAAACCUAUUUUGAAAAUCGUAUUGUGUAAAUGCUGUAAGUGUUGUACAUGUCUUUAGUUAAAAAAAAUCUAAAUUCAGUUACCAUGUAAGAUGUUACUUGGUUCAUAUUUGUUUCCAUAAAUUAAUGAAAAUGAGACUGAGUGUUUUGACUCUAUCUGUAUAUUUCAGUGUAAAUGUAUCUUGAAGUUACUUUAAAUCUAUUUAAAACUGCUAUUUCUGUAAUUGUAUGCUGAAUGUUUUCUUCUAUAAUGACAAGAGACUGGAAAAUGUGGAGGACAAUAUCCAAAAAUGAAGGAAGGCAGUCUUCUAGACACUUAAAAUGCCAAGAAUGUCUCAGAAUUGAAAAAUUCAGAAAUUAUAAGGCCUUUAAUAAUUAUCUUGUCUAACACCUUGAGGUCAUGGUCCUAUGGCAAAUUAUCUUGUAAAACAAAUGUUUCUUAGUUUGUUUACAACUAUGAUUUCACUUCCAUGUAGGAAAGAUUUUAUCUGUGUAUCAGUUUAAAUGUAUCCUGAUAUUUAAAACAUCUAUAUCUGUUUGUGUUUUUUUUCUGUUAUGACAAAGAGUAGGAAAAUACUCAAGAAGGCAGUCAUUGAGACUUGUAGAAUCAUAGAAUGUCAGAGCUUAUGGGGUCUUUAAUGAUCCUCUAGACUCUCCCUCAUUUUAUAAGUACAUCAUGCCUAAGAUCCCAUGGUUAAUUAGUGGCUGGGCCAGUCCUACUUUGUUAAGGUCCUGGCACUUGGUCACAUGCUUUCUUCACAAAAUCAGGCUGUAAGACUUUAUCCGUGCUGACCCUGCCAUUCUUGGGUCUAAAGAUAGGGCCCGAGGACUUAACACAGUAACUGAUAAUGUAGUGAGAAUGUAGUAGGAUUGUACUUUUGAAGUACUCUCCAAUUCUGCAGAUGCUGAAGAUAAUGGUAUUGUUUUCUUUUUUAUUGAUGAGCAAACAAUACUCACUGUCAAUCCUGUGGCUGCUGAGAAAUCUAGAACCCCAUCCUUCCCAGAAAUACAAUGAGGCAAUAUUUACAUCAAAAACAAUCUGUAAACAUCUAGUAUAUCGUUGUAGCUACUGUAAGAAGAUAUAUCUUGCAAUGUUUUCCCUCAAAUUUAUUUUCUCCGUAUAUGUAUGUAUAUAUAAAACACUUUCCAGCUAUUAUGAGAUACUUUCAAAUGUGUUUGUUACCUCAUUUGAUCCACUGACAAUUCUAAAGUGCAUGUUUAGUGGAUAUUCCUUAUUUUACGGAUGAUAAAACUAAGGCCCAAGUAAGAAAAAUAACUUAUCCAAGGUCAUAGCUACAAAAUGGCAUUUUGAGAUUUGAAUGCAGAUCUUUUGUCACUUAGCUAGUGUUCUCUUCUAGUACUUCAGAGCUAUAUCCCCAUUUUGGAUUGACUUUGUGCAAAUAAAAGUAGUUUUUUCUUCCUUGUAAAUACUUGUCAAAAUAAAAUGAAACAGGUGGUAAA